AUGUCCCACGAUUUAGAAUCGCACUAUGUCCGCACACAGGAGUACACCUCCGCCCCGAAAUACCCUCCUGGCGCUGGUCUGAAUCCAGCAUUAGGCUACUUUGGCCUUGGGCAGCCUGAUGAUGACAACGACACGGUGGUGGUCGACAACAAGAUCUUCAACCGGGCAACGCACCAAUUUGCUGACGGCGACUUCAUCUGCCCAGGAUUCUUCAACCUCGCGUAUCUUGAUGGGCUCACGCGCCGCUUCAACCACUCACAAUGGACCUACGAGAUGCGCCGCGAGCCUCAGCCUAUCCUUCCGUUCUUGUCCCUUGGGCCAUAUUCAUGUCUCCGGGACCUGGAGCAACUCCGCAGCCAGGGCUUCACUUUGCUUCUCGCGAUCCGCAGUCGCCAGUCCGCUCAGGCACGACUCGUGUCUGGAGACAAGGCUGCUGCCCAGCUCGGUAUUCAGGCCGACACGAUUGACGUGCUUGACAACCAAGAAUUGAUUUCCGCGUUCCCUCGGGCCAUUCGCAGAAUCAACGAUCAUCUCGCGGGAGUGGACGAGAACAACCACCCUCGCUUGAGCUCUUCGGUGACCAACGACUCAUCGCACAAGAAGAAGGUUCUCGUCUUCUGUGAAUCGGGAAAUGAGCGCUCGGCCUGUGUGGCCAUUGCUUACAUCAUGGUCAUGCUCAAUCUGGAUGCUGUCCGUGCCGCAUACGCAGUUCAGCAGCAUCGAUUUUGUGUCUCUAUUGAAGAUCCCAUGAAACGCAUUCUCGCUGCCUUCGAGUCCAUCCUGACGGCCAAACGUGACGUCGAAAGUGCAAAGCAUGCCAACAUCAAAAGUGGAGCUGCGACUCUUGCGCCUCCUCCUGUUCCGCAUGUCCUACUUGCAAAGAAACGAAGCUUUGCAGAUCGACAGGAGUACGAAUCUGACAUGACUGAUGUUGACAUGGACAUCGAUGACGAGGGCCAUUCAUCCAUGGACCGAAUGCCGCGCGCACCGUUCCAGGAUCGAGUAGCUUAG